UUCAGGAAUUACAAGUUCACCCUCUUUCAUGCCCCCUUCAGCUGCUCAAAAUCGGUCUUCCACCACCAAAACCAGGGAACGCUGAGUUCCACCGGAAGCUCGCCGGCACGACAAACCCCUCCCCUCGGGUUCUGUCAGGCCCCUCGCAGUGACCCCUAAAACGACGUUUUUCAUUUCUCGGAAUCAGCCUUCGGCAUCUCUCCCCAUCUCCACCAGGCUUCUACCUAAUUUUCGAGACCGUCCCUCCGCCGCCGCCGCUAUCGCAUUGGAAAUACUAGACGAAGCAUUAGAUUUCGAAAUUAAUUCACUAUUCAACGAACGAAGCUUCGAAUUGUACUGGGUUGAUUUUGUUUUGUUAUAUUCAUCCGAAAAUGGGGAGCGAGAGCAAUUUAAAGGUUUGGGUAUCCGAUAAAUUGAUGUCCUUACUGGGAUAUUCUCAGCCCACCCUGGUUCAAUACGUAGUUGGAUUGGCCAAGCAAGCUUCAUCUCCUGCUGAUGUUGUGGGGAAGCUUGUGGAAUUCGGGUUGUCUGCUUCCAGUGAAACGCGUUCUUUUGCGGAAGAGAUCUUCUCAAAAGUACCCCAUAAAGCUUCCGGGUUGAAUGUUUAUCAGAAACAAGAAAGGGAAGCAGCGAUGCUCGUGAGGAAGCAGAAGACCUAUGCAAUUUUGGACGCUGAUGACAGUGAUGAGGAUGGUGGUGGCAUUGUUGACAAUCGAUCUUCCACUGCUGCCCCAGCAGCUUCUCAGUCUGAAAAAGCAGAUACCCAUAAGAAGCGGUUCAGGAAGAAGACUGAAAAUGUAGAAGAUGAUGCAGAUGAUGAGGUGAUUGCGCGGGCAGAAGAAAGUAGGCAAGUUAAAAGACGGACUUCUCAGGAUGAAGAUGAUGACUCAGAGUUGGAAGAAGAAAGUUUGCGUGACCGAAGAGAGAGGGAGCAAUUAGAGCAGAAUAUAAGACAACGGGAUGCAGCAGGGACACGAAAGUUAACAGAGCAAAAGUUGUCGCGGAAGGAGGAAGAAGAAGCAAUCCGGAGAUCUAAUGCUAUGGAGGAAGAUGACAUUUCAGCUUUAAGAAAAGUUUCAAGACAAGAAUAUUUAAAGAAAAGGGAGCAAAAGAAACUGGAGGAGCUUAGAGAUGAUAUAGAAGAUGAACAAUAUCUUUUUGAUGGCGUAAAGUUGACUGAAGCAGAACAGCGUGAACUAAGAUACAAAAGGGAAAUAUACGAUCUUGUGAAGAAGAGGUCAGAAGAAACUGAUGAUAUAAAUGAGUAUAGAAUGCCUGAUGCUUAUGAUCAGGAAGGGGGUGUAAAUCAGGAGAAGAGAUUUUCUGUGGCUUUGCAGCGUUAUAGGGACUCAAGUGCAAAUGAUAAGAUGAAUCCAUUUGCAGAACAAGAGGCAUGGGAGGAGCAUCAAAUUGGAAAGGCAACCUUAAAAUUUGGUUCAAAAGAUAAAAACCAAAAGUCAGAUGACUAUCAGUUAGUAUUUGAGGACCAGAUUGAAUUCAUCAAGGCAUCUGUGAUGGAUGGUGACAAGUUUGAAGAUGGUUUAUUUGCUGAGUCUCAUGAUGAUUCUGUCGCAAAAUCAGAAUUAGAGAAACUUCAGGAAGAUAGAAAAAUGUUGCCUAUCUAUCCAUAUCGAGAUGAAUUGCUCAAAGCAGUAGAUGAUCAUCAGAUUCUUGUUAUUGUUGGGGAGACUGGUUCUGGGAAAACCACACAGAUACCUCAAUAUCUUCAUGAAUCUGGGUACACAAAGCGUGGAAAGGUUGGAUGUACCCAGCCACGGCGAGUUGCUGCUAUGAGUGUUGCAGCUCGAGUUUCUCAGGAAAUGGGCGUUAAACUUGGGCAUGAGGUUGGCUAUUCUAUCCGUUUUGAAGAUUGCACGUCAGAAAAGACGGUUCUGAAAUAUAUGACUGAUGGAAUGUUAUUGAGAGAAUUCCUUGGUGAACCAGAUCUGGCAAGCUACAGCGUGGUGAUGGUGGAUGAGGCCCAUGAAAGAACGCUCUCAACUGAUAUUCUAUUUGGAUUAGUAAAGGAUAUUGCUCGUUUUAGACCCGAUCUUAAGUUGCUUAUUUCAAGUGCGACUCUUGAUGCAGAAAAGUUCAGUGAUUAUUUUGAUUCUGCUCCAAUUUUUAAAAUUCCUGGGAGGCGGUAUCCUGUUGAAAUACAUUAUACUAAAGCACCAGAGGCAGAUUACUUAGAUGCAGCCAUUGUCACUGCACUUCAAAUUCAUGUGACUCAACCACCUGGUGAUAUUUUGGUGUUCCUCACUGGUCAAGAGGAAAUUGAAACAGCUGAGGAAAUCAUGAAGCACAGGACAAGGGGUUUAGGGACAAAGAUUGCAGAGCUGAUAAUCUGCCCUAUAUAUGCAAACCUGCCAACUGAGCUGCAGGCUAAUAUAUUUGAACCCACUCCUGAAGGAGCACGUAAGGUUGUCCUGGCCACAAACAUUGCAGAAACGUCAUUGACAAUCGAUGGGAUCAAGUAUGUCAUUGAUCCAGGAUUCUGUAAGAUGAAAUCUUAUAAUCCACGGACUGGCAUGGAGUCAUUACUAGUAAAUCCCAUCUCUAAAGCAUCAGCCAUGCAAAGGGCUGGUCGAUCUGGACGAACUGGUCCUGGAAAGUGCUUCCGGUUGUAUACUGCCUACAACUAUUACAAUGACUUGGAAGAUAAUACUGUCCCAGAAAUACAAAGAACUAACCUUGCAAAUGUUGUGCUCUCUCUCAAGAGCCUUGGUAUCCAUGAUUUGCUUAAUUUUGAUUUUAUGGACCCACCACCAGCUGAAGCUUUAUUGAAAGCCCUAGAAUUGCUCUAUGCUCUAAGUGCCUUAAACAGACUUGGGGAGUUGACGAAGGUGGGGAGAAGGAUGGCAGAAUUCCCCCUUGAUCCUAUGCUCUCCAAGAUGAUAGUGGCAGCUGACAACUACAAGUGCUCAGAUGAGAUCAUAUCAAUUGCUGCUAUGCUUUCAGUGGGUAAUUCAAUCUUCUAUCGCCCAAAGGACAAACAAGUCCAUGCUGACAAUGCAAGGAUGAAUUUUCACACUGGCAAUGUUGGGGACCAUAUUGCAUUGUUAAAGGUCUACAGUUCUUGGAAGGAAACUAACUACUCAACUCAGUGGUGCUAUGAAAAUUAUAUUCAGGUCAGGAGUAUGAAACGUGCCAGAGAUGUGAGAGACCAGUUGGAGGGGCUCUUGGAGAGGGUUGAAAUUGAACUUGCAUCCAACCCCAAUGAUUUAGAUGCAAUAAAGAAGUCUAUAACAGCUGGUUUUUUUCCACACUCUGCAAGACUGCAGAAGAAUGGAUCUUAUCGAACAGUUAAACACCCCCAGACUGUUCACAUUCACCCAAGCUCGGGUUUAGCACAGGUGCUUCCAAGGUGGGUGAUAUACCAUGAAUUGGUUCUUACAACCAAGGAGUACAUGAGACAGGUUACUGAACUAAAGCCAGAGUGGCUGGUGGAGAUAGCUCCUCACUUCUACCAACUGAAAGAUGUUGAAGACCGUAUGCUCUCUAUCUCUCUCUCUCACACACACACACUCACACUCUAUUAUGAGUGUGUACGUGCGGACACAUUUUCUUGUCUUCUUUGCCUUACAUGGAAAAGUAGUUUUCUUUGCUUUUGUGCUUACAUGACUGAUAUUGUCAAGGGCCAUUGAUCAAAUAAAUCAACCUUUACAUAUCCAGAUGAUAGUGGUCAUGGUGUUUGAAUUUGUGAUUCUAUCAUGGUUGCAUGGAGAAUAACAUGGAAGGAUUUUAUUUCAAAAGAAUGUACAGAAUUCCAUGAAAAAUAUCUUUUUUAAAAGCAACAACUCACAUGUGUAUGAAGGAAAUAGAACUUUUACAGCAGUUUUCCGUGCAUGGAAAGAAGGCAAAUUGAAAGUAAACUAGAAAAUAACUUCCAAUGCAUAAUGACUUUAGGAGCUGAUGCUAAAAUGCCAAACCUCGUUUUUUCUGUGUUAAAAGGAGCAAACCGCUCUUCUCCUAUUGUAAGCUGUGGUUGUUGGUUUUGAAACCAUUCUCUUUUCAACCUAAGAUGCUGGUCUGUGGUUCCUUCCCCCCCCCCCCCCCCCCAGUAAUUUUAAUUUUGUUCUCUUAUUAUUAUUUACUUUGAAAGUUGAGUGAGCUGAAACAUUUAAAUAAAUCAUCAUAUAGAUUAUAUGCAUAAGUUUUCCUCUAGUAUCUAGGCAUAUAAGAUGUUUAUCCUGGGAAUCGCUUUGCUGUUGUCAAUGGAUUGUGCUGAUAGUUCUCAACUUGUUGGUAUGGUGACAUCCAAACCUCAUUGAUUUUGAUAUUAAAAUUGCAAAGCUCUUUUUAAUGUUUAGUGAUGUACAACAAAGAACAUCAAUUUAUAUCUUAUGCCUAUGGUUUUAUUUUCCAAAUUUCACUUGGUUAUGUGAAUUACUAAGAUGUAUCUAUGUCACAGCUGGAUCAAAGAAAAUGCCUCGAACUGAAGGACGUGCUGUGAAGGACUGACAAUGGCAUUGAAGAAUUAGAAAGGGUGGUAGACUAAAGAAAAUGCCUCUAGGAGGACAUGCAAUGAGGGACUGACAAUAGCAACAGGAUGAAGGAAAAUGUCUUUGAGGUUGCAACGAAAAAACUAAUGACUGGUGCUACUGUGAAUACAGUUUUGUAAAAUCUGAUACUGGAAGUUUUUUUAACAAGCAACAAAUUCUCAUUGAUCACAUUCACUAAUCUUACCUCUUCAGGCAGGAAGGGGGCGCUUCAUCUAACCUUGUACAUUAUUUUGACGGAGAGUAUCGAUUUAUUGUCCCAAUUUUUGGUUCUUUUUUUUUUUUUUUUUUUUGGCAGAUUUGGACUGAGGAUGGAUAAAGACAUGUAUAUCACUUUUAUCUUUAUACAAAAACAGACAAAUGAAGAGAAAAAGGAUUGUCAGUUUCUUGCCAAUCCUUGAGUAUCUAUGUUUUAAGUA